GAGAGCAGCGUUAGCUAGCAUAUCGACAUCAUCGGCACAGCAACGACGACCAGAUAGAAACGUUUUUCAGCCAUGAAGCGCAAGACAGUGAGGACCCUAUCCCUCAUAGUGUGCACAUUCACCUACCUGCUCGUUGGUGCUGCUGUAUUUGAUGCCCUGGAAUCAGACAAGGAAAUGGAAACUCGCCAGCUUCUGAAGAGCCUCGAGUCUCGGCUCAUGGAGAAAUACAACGUUUCCGAGGAGGACUACCGACGACUGUCGCAUGCCAUCACGUUCAGGAUCCCACAUAAGGCCGGUAGGCAGUGGAAGUUUGCGGGAGCAUUCUUCUUCGCAGCCACCGUGAUUACGACAAUAGGCUACGGCCAGGCGACGCCUCGCACGAUCGGCGGCAAGCUGUUCUGCAUGUUCUACGCGCUCGCCGGCAUCCCGCUCGGCCUCGUCAUGUUCCAGAGCGUCGGCGAGCGGCUGAACACGUUCUUCGCGUUCGUCAUCCGGCACAUCAAGAAGGCGCUGAAGAUGAAGAACGAGAACGAGGUGUCCGACAAGACGCUGAUCGGCGUCGGCACGACGCUCAGCGGCAUGGUGACGUUCGCCGGCGCCGCCGCCUUCUCAAACUUCGAGGAGAACUGGUCGUACUUCGACGCGCUCUACUACUGCCUCAUCACGGUGACGACGAUCGGAUUCGGCGACCUCGUCGCGCUGCAGGAGAACCAGGAUCUGAACGAGCGGCCCGAGUACGUCGCCUUCAGUCUGAUCUUCAUCAUCGUCGGCCUGAUCGUCGCCGGCGCCUGCAUCAACCUCGUCGUGCUCAAGUUCUUCACGCUCAACAUGGAGAACCUCGAAGACAAGUCGGAGGAGCCGAGCCCGUUCGCGCUCGACGGCGACAUCGUAGUGACGGCGAACGGACCCAUCGACACGGUCGACGACGCGCAGCAGCCGGACAACCUGUCCGUCUGCUCGUGCUCGUGCUACGGCGAGGGCGGGCUGUUCCGCUCCGGCAAGCGGCCGCCGCAGAAGUACUCGCGCACGAACAAGGAGAACAUGUACAACUGCACCGAGGACGUCGACGCCUUCAUGAAGUGCGAACUGCUGAAUCAGAAGCGAGCAUCCAUAUAGCGAUGUAACGGGGAACGUAUAUAGGAUGGGGAGGGGUGUAUAGAGAGGGAAGUAUAUGGGGAAUAUAAUAUAUAUGGGGAAGUAAGACGGAAAUGCGGAGGCGAUCCGUGAUAGAACACACAACAAACAGGCCGUUCCUGAAGGGAUGAGAGUUGCAACUAACAGUCGUCUCUAGAGGAAGGGGGCAGGAAUCCCUGGAGGAAGGGAAGAUGAGGAAGGGGACGGCCCAUUCCACUGGGGAGGGCAGCUUGGGGGAAAUCGUAGAACACAAGCAUACACUUAAGGGAAAUGGGUUCUUAGUGGUGAAUAUUUGUACAUAUCGGAACAUAAUGAAUGGGUGAACAACAAGUUCAAAACCACUUGACAUACUGUUCAGAACGAAACUGAAUAGCAUUAACUCGAAACAAAGAUCCAUUGUGGUGACAGUCUCGUUUUUAUUGUACAACCUGUCACGAUAUACGUCAAAUGUUUUCUUUAGAAAGCCAAACCGAAUCAACUAAUACGAUUGAACAAUCACUAAUAUCAUUGAAAUCCAGUAUGUUGUGAUGCCACUAUGGUUGUAAAUUAUUAUAAUUACUAAUAUUUCGCCUCGUGCAAUACACUGUAGAUGCAGCCAAUGAAAUUAAACUAUAGAUUACCUUUUCGCCAUGACGUGUAUUUAUGUGCGUACGUGCGUGUGUACGUCCGUGCGCAUGUGUGUACUCGUGUAUGUAACUCUAAUGUAAUUGUUAUAUUAUAUAUUGUAAAAUAAGAUUGUAAAUAAAUCUUGACUAAUAUUGUUUACCAUA